AUGGACAGGAAAAUGGAAGCCUUGAGCACCAAAACCAAGACCAGAAUAGGGUUUUGGAACAUACGGACGAUGUACCAAGCAGGAAAACUGGCGCAAGUGACAUCAGAGAUGCGUCGAUACAGUCUGCACAUGUUAGGCGUUAGUGAGACGAGAUGGACAGGAUACGGAAAAAAAACAACAUCAACAGGAGAGACCAUACUCUAUUCAGGCAGAGAGGAUGACCAACAUGAGGAGGGAGUUGCCAUCAUCUUGAAGAGAGGAACAGAGAAAAACAUGAUUGAAUGGAAACCUGUCAAUAGCAGACUGAUGAAAGUGAGGAUGAAAGGGAGACAAGUAAACAUGACAGUCAUUCAGUGCUACAGUCCAACAAAUGACAGCGAGGAUGAGAGGAAAGACCUUUUCUAUGAACAGCUGGAUGCUGAAGUCAAGUAAACACCAAGGCAUGACCUUUUGAUUGUCAUGGGAGACCUCAAUGCAAAGGUUGGCAAUGACAAUACCAACAACGAGCGAGCAAUGGGCAAGCAUGGCUGUGGGAUAAUGAAUGAGAACGGAGAAAGGCUCAUUGACUUCUGCAAUACCAACAACCUAGUUGUGGGAGGCACCUUGUUCCCACACCGUGACAUCCAUAAGCUGACUUGGUACUCACCAAACGACAGGGACAGGAACCAAAUUGACCACCUGCUGAUCAACGGAAUGUGGAGAAGAUCAAUUUUGAAUGUCCAGGUCAAGCGAGGAGCCGAUGUUGCAAGUGAUCACCAACUUGUUACAGCUAUGUUGCUACUGAAACUGAGAAAAGCAGAGAACAAGACCCAUACUACAAGAAGACUUGACAUCCAGAAACUUAAAGAUCCCCGCAUAAGACACAACUUUGUUCUACAGGUCAAGAACAGAUUUCAAGCACUGCAGGAUCUGGAAACAGAAGUCAGAGUUGACAAGAUCGACUUAACAUAUGAAAACAUCAAGAAUGUCUAUCAGAAGAGUGCAGAAGAGAGUCUUGGAUACAGAACCAAGAAACAGAAAAAGGAUUGGAUCAGACUGAGCACAUGGAAAGCCAUAGAGAAUAGAAGGAAACUCAAGAACCAGCUGAUGAACACAAAGUCAGAAAGGCUAUUAGAGAGAUACAAGCAGCAAUACAGAGAGUCCAACAAGGAGGUGAAGAGGAAGUUCAAGACAAUUUGGACUUCAGCAACUAUACCUGAGGAAUGGACCAAAGGUGUGAUCAUCAAAAUUCCAAAGAAGGGCACACUCAGCGACUGCAACAACUGGCGAGGCAUCACCCUUUUAUCCAUCCCUAGCAAGAUCCUGGCCAAGGUAAUCAUCAAAAGGUUAUCGAAAGCCGUGGACGCAGAACUGAGAAAGGAACAAGCUGGAUUUAGAGCAGGGAGGAGAUGCACAGAACAGAUUUUCGCUCUGCGUAACAUCAUAGAACAGAGUGCAGAAUGGUGUCUUCAGCUUUAUGUAAACUUCAUUGACUUUGAAAAAGCAUUUGACAGUGUGCACAGAGACAGCUUGUGGCGAAUCUUGAGGGCCUAUGGAAUACCGUAUGACAUGGUAAAGCUGAUCAGGAGUUUCUACAACAACUACAGCUGUUGUGUGGGAGGAAGCGACAUCUGGUUUGAGGUAAAAACUGGGGUCCGUCAAGGCUGCGUGAUGUCCGCUCUUCUCUUUAACUUGGUGAUAGACUGGGUGAUGAUUUCUUUAUAUUUUGAUUAA